AUGUCUUAUCAUAGCCGUUUAACCAGGGAGAACGCAGCGCUCCUCAUCGUCGAUCAUCAAGUCGGCCUAUUUACUGGCGUCCGAGAUAUCGAUACUUUGACUCUCAAGCACAACAUCGUAGGCUUAGCCAAAGCCACGGCGGCUCUGAAAGUCCCCAUCGUUGUGACAACAACCACAGAAGGACUAUGGGGCCCUAUGAUCCCUGAGCUUCAAGAAGCACUGCCCGUGGUCGCUGCCGUUGAGGCGACAGGAAGGAAGAACUUGAUUAUCACGGGCAUUUCGACAGAUGUCUGCCUGGCAUUACCCGCCUUGUCGGCAUUGGCUGCUGGCUAUACAACGUAUGCCGCCAUUGACGCGUCCGGUGCCUUCACCAAACAACAAGCGGAUGCGGGAGUUAUGAGGAUGGUGCAGGCCGGCGUAGUUCCUGUCUGUUACUCGAACGUCAUUGUUGAGAUACUUGCGGAUAACGCAGCUGCUGAAGCCAAUGCUGUCUACGCUGCCUUGGACAUGCCAUUUGCGGGGCUUGUCGGUGGCCUCAAUCAAUACUUCUCGAACAAAAACUGA